ACCAUUCUGUCAGCCUGGCCUCCUAACCUCCAACACACAGCACAGCGAGAGCCAUGAUCCUGCCCUCCAUCCUGCUGCUUGUUGCCCACACCCUGGAAGCAAAUGUUGAGUGUGGUGUGAGACCCCUGUAUGAUAGCAGAACUCGAUACUCCAGGAUCAUAGGAGGGCAGGAGGCUGAGCUGGGUGAGUUUCCAUGGCAGGUGAGCAUUCAGGAAAAUGAUCAUUUCUGUGGCGGCUCCAUUCUCAGUGAGUGGUGGAUCCUCACCGUGGCCCACUGCUUCUAUUCUCAGGAGCUUUCCCCGACAGAUCUCAAAGUCAAAGUGGGAGCCAAUGACUUAAGUACUUCUUCAUCUGUGGAGCUACAAGUCAACAUCAUAAUCCGGCACAAAGGCUUUAAACGACUGAACAUGGACAAUGACAUUGCCUUGUUGCUGCUGGCCGAGCCCUUAACGUUCAAUGAGCUGACCGUGCCCAUCUGCCUGCCUCUCCAGCCUGCCCCUCCCAGCUGGCACGAAUGCUGGGUGGCAGGAUGGGGCAUAACCAACUCAACUGACAAGGAAUCUAUGUCAAUGGAUCUGAUGAAGGUGCCCAUGCGUAUCAUAGAGUGGGAGGAAUGCUUACGGAUGUUUCCCAGCCUCACCACAAACAUGCUGUGUGCCUCAUAUGGUAACGAGAGCUACGAUGCCUGCCAGGGCGACAGUGGGGGACCGCUCGUCUGCACCACAGAUCCUGGAAGUAGGUGGUACCAGGUGGGCAUCAUCAGCUGGGGCAAGAGCUGUGGACAAAAAGGCCUCCCGGGGAUAUACACUGUAUUGGCAAACUAUACCCCGUGGAUUGAGAAAAUAGCCCAGACAGAGGGGAAGCCCCUGGAUUUUAGAAGUCACAGCAUCUCUGACAAGAAGAAAGACAGAAGGAAGAACCAGUCCUCCAAAUCCCCAGCCCCGAGCUGCCCCCAAAGCUGGCUCCUGCUCUGUCUGCUGUCAUUCCCACUGCUUAGAGCCUUGUCCAACUGGGAAUAAAGCAGCGCAGUCUCCGACCC